UUCACACACUCAACAAGUCACAAAGUCGCGCUCCCAUUGUCUCUCUCUCAAUCUCAAUCACCAUUCACCACUAACAAAUUGUCUAGAGAGAGAAACAAACCCCAAAAUCACACCAUUUUCAACUCGCUCCCUCUCUCUCUCUCUCUCUCUAACACAGAAUUCUAUUUUGAGCUUAACAGUUAACACUGAAGAGAUAGCAACACAGCAUUUUUGAACUCCACACACACAGAGGCACUUUCCGUAUAUAAUAAUACUAAUAGAUACAGACAUAAUCAUCUGUUUAUUUACAUUUUGUUGUAUGUAUGAAUUAUUCAUUGGAAGUGAGCUUACUGUAAGAAUAGAGAAAUGUACAGAUCGGAGCUGACGGAGGUUUCCGGCGAAGGAAGGUCGCCGGAGGUGUGUUCCGGCAAUCACAACGGCAAUGUGCGACCGACGACGAGUGAAACAGUUUCGCCGGUGACAGUAUCAGCUUCGUUCAAGGAAGGGAAGACUUAUCGAAGAAGAACGUCGAUGAGGCCAAGCCUCGACGCAGACGAGUUCUUAAACCUUCUCCACGGGUCGGAUCCGGUGAAGUUGGAGCUUAAUCGACUGGAGAAUGAAGUAAGAGAUAAGGACCGGGAAUUAUGUGAGGCUCAGGCGGAGAUCAAGGCGUUGAGGUUCUCAGAGCGCUUACGAGAAAAGGCUGUUGAAGAGCUUACGGCCGAGUUGUCAAGGGUUGACGAGAAGCUCAAGCUGACAGAAUCUCUUCUGGAAAGCAAGAAUCUUGAAAUUAAGAAAAUUAAUGAAGAGAAAAAGGCAUUCAUGGCAGCUCAGUUUGCAGCAGAAGCCACCCUUCGAAGGGUUCAUGCUGCUCAAAAAGACGAUGAUAUGCCUCCAAUUGAAGCCAUUCUUGCACCCUUGGAGGCUGAACUCAAGCUUGCUCGUCAGGAGAUUACAAAGCUACAAGAUGAUAAUAAAGCACUGGACCGUCUUACUAAGUCAAAAGAGGCAGCUCUACUUGAUGCUGAGAGAACUGUGCAGUCAGCAUUAGCAAAGGCUUCUAUGGUGGAUGACCUUCAGAACAAGAACCAGGAAUUGAUGAAACAGAUAGAAAUAUGCCAGGAAGAAAAUAAAAUACUGGACAGAAUGCAUAGACAAAAGGUUGCAGAGGUUGAAAAGCUUACCCAAACUGUACGUGAGCUUGAAGAGGCUGUUCUUGCUGGCGGUGCUGCUGCUAAUGCUGUCCGGGAUUACCAACGAAAAGUUCAAGAGAUGAAUGAAGAAAGAAAAACUCUUGACCGGGAGCUAGCACGUGCCAAGGUAACCGCUAAUAGGGUUGCAACCGUGGUUGCUAAUGAGUGGAAAGAUGCCAAUGAUAAAGUAAUGCCUGUUAAACAGUGGCUUGAAGAAAGGAAGUUUCUACAGGGUGAGAUGCAACAGUUACGCGACAAGCUUGCAAUCACUGAACGAGCUGCAAAGUCUGAAGCGCAGUUGAAAGAGAAAUAUCAUCUGAGGCUCAAGGUCCUUGAAGAUACAUUGAGAUCAACUAGCACAGGCGCUCGCACUACACCAGAUGGUAGAAGUUCAAGCAACGGCCCUUCCCGUCGGCAAUCACUGGGUGGAGCUGAAAACAUCUCCAAAUUGACCUCCAAUGGAUUUUUACCCAAGAGAUCACCAUCAUUUCAGCUGAGAUCUUCUGGGGCCAGUACAGUGUUGAAGCAUGCAAAAGGGACAUCUAAGUCGUUUGAUGGUGGUUCAAGAUCGUUGGACAGGACUAAAAACCUUCUGAAUGGAACAGGUCCAACUUUCAAUAGCAGCAAGUCCUGUGACAGGACUAAGGAUAAUGAGACUGCGAACAUUUCAUGGAAAGCGAAUCAAGAUGAAAAACACAAUGACUCGCAAGUUACAGAAACAGAAGAUACUGUCCCUGGAGUAUUAUAUGAUUUGCUGCAAAAAGAAGUAAUUGCUUUGAGGAAAGCUGGUCAUGAGAAGGAUCAAAGUCUUAAUGAUAAGGACGACGCUAUUGAGAUGUUAGCAAAGAAAGUAGAGACUUUAACAAAAGCCAUGGAAGUUGAGGCCAAAAAGAUGAGAAGGGAAGUCGCUGCGAUGGAGAAGGAAGUUUCUGCCAUGCGUGUUGAGAAGCAACAAGAAAAUAGAGCCAAAAGAUUUGCCAAUUCCAAGGGUCCAGUGAACAGUUCUCAGCCACUUCCAGGAAGGUAUGCAUUCAAUUCUGUCAACCAAUUAUAUUGAAUGAACUUCAGGUCAGUCUUUAUCGCUAAUUAUCUCACAACCCCUUAACUCGGACUCUACAUUUAAUCAAAUUUUUCCUCCCUUUUUUUUUUUUUUUAAAAUUUUUAACUCCUAUGUCUCAUCCCUUCUCUCAUCCCCUCGAGGACUUAAGCCAAAUUUUCUUGACCAAAUAAAAGAAGAAAUAGAAAAAAGAAAAUGAGUCCUUGCGGGAUAUGUCCAAUAUAUCUUCUUCCCAUUUGCCAGGAACUUAAGUCUUUACUUUGAAUUUCUUUAGACACAUGACUCCUCGGUGUCUCAAUAACCAGUUUAAAGUAUUCUUGGACUUUGGCCCCCAGGACUUAGCUCAAGUGAUAAAGGUUGAGGGACUUGUGACUUAUGUCACAAGUUCUAGCCCUGCGUCAUGCGAACUAAUCCUGGUAUUUAAAUGGAGAAGAGUAGAAGGGCGGACCCAUUAUCCCUAAGUUUCGAAGGUUGGGGUUGGUCCUAAAGGUUGGCCCCGGACAGAUUUCUUGGUCAUAAAAAAAAGUAUUCUUCGACUUCGAGUUCAGACCUUUUUUUUCUUUCAAAGACAAGCGUGAGAUAGCAAGUUGACCCCAGUUCUAAAUGAAAGUCUUUUGGGGCCACCUUCUGUGUGUCAGAUUGCAUGCUUUGGCAUCCUUGUUUUAUAAGCUACUUCUGUGAAAUUACAAAUUGCUUUUCUCAUACCCCUCCCCGUAUCCAUCUCUAGACGAGUCUAGAAAUACCGUUGUGUGAAAUUUGGUGGUAACAUGUUUAGAACAAAUAAUUUGAAACUUACUAUACCUGUUAGGAUUCACCUGGAGGUGAAAGUAGAAUCACUAUUACAAAACAAAGACGAUUCAGGAUUUAAACUUGAUGGGUUCGACCUUCAAGGUUCUUAGCACCAAAUUUUAGACUGACCCAGAAUUUAAUAUUUGUUGAAAUUUUAGUAGUUUUUCGCAUAUAUCUAUAUCCCGUGUCAAAAUACUGUGGUCAGUUUGACUCAUUGAAUAUAGACUGCAUCCGCCCUUGUUACAGAAUUAUUAGGUUGUCUGCCUUGAAGCUGAAUGAACAGUAUUAGGCCAUACUAGCAAAUGAUGUUAUCUUAUUUUACAUUGUGGAAAAUACUAGAAGAUUUCUUGGACAUGCCAAAGCAAACGUGAGAAACAGAUACAUUAGAGGCCUCCUUAUCAGUUUCGACUUUUUUAGACAUUUGUUUUUGUUUCUGUACUC